GGUGAAGAACAGAAGAAGCUGGACGUGCUUUCGAAUGAAGUUUUUGUUAAGGCUUUGAUUAGCAGUGGACGAACAUGCAUCCUGGUUUCGGAGGAGGACGAAGAGGCUAUAUUCGUCGAUCAAUCGAAGCGUGGAAGAUACAUUGUUGUUUUUGAUCCAUUGGACGGAUCCUCAAACAUUGAUUGUGGUGUUUCCAUAGGAACUAUUUUCGGGAUUUAUCUGGUUAAAGAUAAAGACAAUCCGAUGAUCGAUGACGUAUUGCAACCCGGAAGAAACCUCUUAGCAGCCGGUUAUUGCAUGUACGGAUGCUCCUGCACGGUAAGAACAAUCACCACUAUCAGCAUUUACUGCAACUCAGAUCGAUUUUGUUUUGAUAAUUGA